UGUUUCUUUCAUUCGUGUUUACGUUUUUGGCGUGAAUUUUGUUAAUUGUGCUAUUUUUAAUUUUUUGCUAUAUUUCGUAAAUAUACGAAAUCUAAAAAUUUGUCUAUCAGAUUAGAUUCAACUUUUAAUAGUUGUGGAGAUGGAAGGGCAAACUUGCGUAUUUUUGGGAAUCAAAGUAAAACCAGGUCCUAUAGAGCGACAUAAGUUAGAAAACUUCGGCCUAGAUAAUACUGUCGAUUCUCUCAAAACGGAGGCUGAAAAAAAGGCUAAUGUACCAUCUUCUUCAUUAGAACUAAUACAUCAUGGAAAAAUAUUAAAAGGUGAUAUAACUCUGCAAGAUUGUGGAAUAAAGAGUGGUGAAAUGAUACAUGUUGUCAAAAAGAAAGUACAUCCUCCACCACAUACACCACCUACAUAUACUGAUGCUGAAUUACAGCAAUUAAACAGUUCACUGAGAACUUUGGGUUGUACACCAAAUGCCCCUGGAUGGACAAGAGCGAUGCAGUUGUUAAAUGAUGAAACAGCAAUGUCAGAAAUAGUAGAACAUGCCCCGUCUUUGGCAGAUGACUGUGUCACUUUGUCUCUUUUACAUGAAGUAGAGUUGCUAGCUGCUCUUGGGGCGAAUGUGCAAACUAUGCGUCGUGGAGCUAAUGCUCACCCAGAUCUUCCUAAUGCACUGAGACACUUGUUGCGGCUUGUACGCUCUAGUUCUAAUACAUCUACUGUUACUGACAAUGCCCCAACAUCUGGAUUUGCUUAUUCUCUUGAAGCUCUUUCUGAGGACGAGGAUGCCGAUGACGAAGAUAAUGAUGAAGGAGAGAGGAAUCCCAUUACUCAAGAACAGCUAACUGCUGCAUUGCAAGCGGCGACGGAAGGUGUUUCAGCGUCGAGCAGUCGCGGUGGUGGCGGUCGCGACAGUCUGCUGAGACUACUGCAGGCUGCCGACCACGCCACUGAGUCCGGCGCGCCCGCCGGUAACCAAAGAGCAGGGCGUUCAGUUAUAACUUCAGAGAUGUUAAGCGAAGCAAUGUCUGAAGCUAUAAAUAGAGCCAGCAACUCGAUGGCACGAACACCCAUGGACCAAAGUACUGCAGCAUCAUCAUCUCAAAGUCCAGUAGCGAGAGAUGAAGAUUUUGUCUCACAAUUGCAGCGCAUGCACGAAAUGGGUCUUCUAGACGAUGCCCUCAAUGUUCGGGCUUUGCUUAUAUGCUCAGGUAAACCGGUUGAAAGUUAAAAUAAUCAAAUCAAAUAAAAGAUUAUAACAAACAUUCGUUUCUCAUCUGUCAAUUUAAUUUUCUGUUUGUUACAGGUGAUGUAAACGCAGCGAUUAAUUUGGUGUUUAGCGUAAUUACGUAAUUACGAAUUUAUUACGUAAUUCUCAUUAAUUAUACUCAAAACCCUCACUACAAAUUAAUGCAUACGUAAGUUGCAAGCCGGAUAGGACAAUACUACGAUUUUUCGGCAACGUAUAUUUGAUUAAAUUUAUCUAUAAAUAUGACGCAUUCUUUAACAAGGUGAUCCAAAGCCCGUUGAUGUUUUCGUUUACGCGAUAUGUUUGUAAUAUCGCUUUGAACAUCUAAAAAGGUU